AUGGCCCACAAUAACACCGAUAGGUCUCUCAAGGACCUCUCCUCGCCCAACUAUAACAAUCCGAUGUGGUCGCGUCGCACCUCAAGCACCUUCUCUUCCAGGGUCCGAAUCGACCCUGGCGCCGGCAGUGUGAACUUGAGCUCGGUCCGCCUAGGCAGGGGCCAAGCUCCAGAGAUAGAUCAAAGGCCACUCAGCUCCAUGGAAUUCCGAUCAGACAGGAGAGAUACGAGGAUGAUGCGCAGCACGACCGUCAUGACGAUUCAUUCGGAUUCUGAGCCCGAAUAUGAAGUUGCUUCGCCCAUGGCAUUUCCAGUAGAGCGGAGAGAGAGCAGAUUGGUGCGUAACGCCACAGUUAUGACAAUCCAUUCGGGCUCUGAACCUGAAUACGAAGUAGCUUCGCCCAUGACGUUUCCAACAGGACAGAGGGGUGGGAGAAUGAUGCGCAAUACCACUGUAAUGACGAUGCAUUCGGACUCAGACCCUGAAUACGAGAGUAGCCAUGAUUCGCCAACACAACAGGACCAGGCAUCCUUGGACGGUAUGACGAUUAUUUUCGACAAUGGUCUGUCAAGUAUCCCUUCGGAAGAUUCAGGACGCAAUCGAACCAACAUCCGAAAUAGACAUGGAGCUACCAAUAUAAAGCCAGGAAGCACAAAGAGGAGCCGUUUUUAUCGUUUUGGAGGGCCGGAAUCUGAGAUAUCCGAUGACGACCAAGCUACAUCGAGUGACGAUCGAAGCGUUGAUCCGUCCGAAACGUUCAUUCAGGCCAACGACAUUGAUAGCGAGGAUGACGAAGACUGCGAGGGGCGAGCGUGCCACAGCGGCAUUGAUGACGAUGAUGAUGACGAUGACGAAGGAGACGACGAUGAGAGCGAACUUGAGGACGAGCCAUCUCGGAGGAAAAACUUUCUUGGCAGCUACCUCUUGGCACCCAUGGGCUUUGAUGAUGACGAAGUCGAGGGUAAUGCUCACGCUUUUGAGGGCUUCUAUGAGGCGGCAGAACGGUUCCAGGUUUUUGCAGGAGUCAAUGAAUUUGAUGGUAAGAAUGUGUCCUCUGAACUAUAA